AUGGACGAUUUCUUGACGCCAGUCAGCCAGACAUAUCUGAAGCCGAGGGCGUCUGGCUCUCCGUUCGGACUCUCUCGGUCGCCCAGCUCCGCUGACGAGGUCAACAAGCUCAAAACCUCGUCUUCGGAUGGCACAGUUCUUGAGAAGCUGAUGAGCCAACCGGACUAUGACACCUUGAUCUCAGCCCUCAAGCUGGCAAGUCGCAACGACAAGACCGCAGACCCGACCUCCGAAUCUGCCCGGGUCAUCCAAGUUCUUGUCUCUGAGAUUAUCCCAAACUACUGGCCGGUUCUUAGAGAUGGAGAUGCCGAAGACCUAUCCCUUCUGCUGAGAUGUCUCCGUAACCUCACGGGUGCCAAUGCUCUUGUUGCACGGGUCAAGGCAUUGACACAGGAAUUCAAGGCUGGUGGACAAUCAGUCAAGAGACCCGACAUAGCCAUGAAUCUCGAUAUUCUGCUUCAAGUCUUCACAAACAUCCUCGAUGGAGAUCUUCAGUUGAUGGCGCUUUGGUCAUCAGGUCCGGAUGCCAGCACAAACGCCUUCGUGCGUCUUUUUGGCCACUUCUCGCAGCUUGAGCAAAAACGCAUGCUUUACGCGGUUGUCAAGUACCUUGCAGACACACACUUGAAUCCAUUGGGUUCAUCCGGGUCCCCUGAGGCGAGAAAGAAAAUAUCGGCAGCUGCCGGUGUCCUCGGAAAGCUUGUAACGAAUAACGAUAGCAGAAUGAACCAUCUCGUCUUAUGGCUCACAAAUUCUACUGGUGCAGGACUCGGCGAGGCCAUCGGCAUCCGACGAGCCGUCGUGGCCGUCGUUGGAAAAGACAAGGAGUGCGCAAGUCAGGUCCUAGAGAAGAGUCUCAGUCAAUUCGGUGACCAGCUCUAUAUCAAGCACUCGCCUAUGCUACAACAAGAAGCGAGGAAGCAAAGUGGUAUAAGUCACUGCCCACAAUGGCCGACGAAGUCGGGCCAGUCGGAGCCUCUCGUCUCAGCUUCAGCUGUGAAGCCUGAGAGCCAAACUUCAAGCCAGCGCCAGCUAACCCAAUUACUCGACCGGGCUUUACCUCCUAGGAACACUGGUUUCAUUAUCGAAGAGGUCGAAGAUUCCUCCGAGAGCGAAGACGAUGACCUCAUGGUGUACAAUAAGCCAGAUGACGACGCUGAGGAUUCCGACGAAGAUGCUACCCUUGUCCGGAGGGAUAAGCCUAAAGCUCCCGUGUACAUCCGCGACCUUAUCACAUAUCUUCGAGACGACAAUAACUAUGAUAAGCAAAAGUUGGCUCUAGAAACAUCCCCUUCAUUGAUCAGGCGAAAGGCAAACUUCGGCUCCGAGGUCAGCGCUCACGCCGAUGAGCUUGCGUCCCAAUUAGUAGGUCUUCAGGACAAAUUUGACAUUGCCAAUUUUUACGAGCUCCGUCUACAAAGCAUGAUAGCUCUCAUAGUCGCACAGCCGAAGGUGAUGGCUCCCUGGUUCGCCAAGACCCUUUAUGAUGGCGACUACUCCAUUUCUCAACGAGCAUCCAUUCUCAUUGUGCUGGGCCUCAGUGCCAGAGAACUAUCAGGGCACGACACCUCGGAGUUCGCCGCUGCCGCUUCAUUCCCCUCAAAGCGUCUGCCUGAACGCAUGGAGAGGAUGUACCUAGAAGAAGCAUCUAUACAUGCAAACCGACUGGAGGCUGGCUCAGGGUCCAAUCUGAAAGCGAUCCCGGCAACCGCUCUGGAUAGCAUUGCCCAGAAUCUCACCUCUUCUUUCCUCGCUCCUUUGGCGGCCAAAGCCGCCGAUGCAGCUACAGGUCCAGACAUUCUCAAGCUAUCUUCGUUCACCUCGCGCCUUAACGCUCAGGGGCAACCUAAAUCGACCGCCAAGCCAAAGCCGCGACUCCGCUCCAUCCCCAACACGAUUGCCUCCCUGAUUGCUACCAACUUCUUCUUCCCCUUGACCGCUCGCCUUCAGCACGCCCUUCGCUCGCCAGCCUCCCAUCGGCGCAACGCUCCUCUCUUCCAACCGCACCUUCUUUCUCUGUAUCUCAAGACCCUUGCCGUUCUCAUACACGCGGCCGGUCCCUCGACCCUUGUCCUCCCGCAGAUGACCGCCGAGCUCUGGAAUCUGAUCCUUGGUCUGCGCGCACAGGCAGCUCCUGAUCUUCCCACGACGCAUGCCCUGUUGAUCGCCCUUGCUGCCUUGUUCGAGGUCAAUGCUGCCGGGUCCUCUGAUGGCCUUCGCAAGCUCUGUGCCGACAUGCCCCGCGAGAUCGUUGAGACGCAGGAGUGGGUGUCCGGCGUCUUCAAUGGCACCCGCGGCGACGACGGCGGCCAGGAGAAUCAGGUCAAGAUGCUGUCGGCCGGCGUGCUCAUCACGCUGCAAGAAGCCAUGGAGCGCCACCGCGCGCUGUUGAUGGGAGACAUGAUUGGGUUCACAUAG